AUGCCUCCCAACGUCGUUGAUACUCAAAACGCCGAAGAGCUUACCGAAUACCUCGAACAACUCGAUUUGAAGAAACUUGUUCGUGAGAAUAAAAUUUAUGCUGUCUAUCCCGAAGUGUAUUAUCCUCCAUUGAAGCCUUAUGACCACAAGGAUCCUGGUCUAUUGGCCGAUCCCAAGAAGGCAUCCAUUUACGAUGCUGCCGAGAAGAUUUUUAAUUUGACCCCACAUAUCGGUACUGAAGUCCAUGGCAUCCAACUUUCUAACCUGGCUGAACAGCAAAAGAACGAUCUGGCAUUGCUCGUUGCUGAACGCGGUGUUGUCUUUUUCCGCGAUCAAGAUAUUCGCCCAAAAAAGUCGUUGGAGCUUGGCAGAUAUUAUGGUCCAUUGCAUAUUCACAAUGUUGGCGGCCAUCCACCUAAUGUACCCGAGAUCCUUACACUUCAAAUCGAGCAUACUGAUCCAAAGGUCCGUGAACGUCUCAGUUACCGUAGUCCUGGUGACGGUUGGCAUAGUGAUAUCAGCUAUGAGUUGCAACCUGGCGGUCUUGCUUUCCUUAAAAUCGACACGCUACCGGGUGAAGCGGGUGGUGAUACACUUUGGGGUAGCGCGUAUGAGGCUUAUGAUCGGCUCUCUCCUGCAUGGAAGAAGUUUGCUGAAGGCCUCAAAGCUGUCCAUUCGGGUGACGUCCAUCGUGAAACUGCUCGUCUUACAGGCCAUCCUUUGCGUCGUGAAGCACCCGAUAAUGUCCAUCCCGUGGUGCGAGUUCAUCCUGUAACCGGCUGGAAAGCAUUAUACGUGAACCGUGGUUUCACUCGCCGUAUUGUCGACUUCACGCGUCGUGAGUCCGAUGCAGUCUUGAACUUCCUCUUUGAUCAUAUCGAAACUGGAGCUGACUUUCAGGUUCGCUUCAAGUGGACUGAAGAUACGGUAGCUGUUUGGGAUAACCGAGUAACUUACCACAAUCCCGUCUAUGAUUACUUUGGCUCUGGAUUACGCCAUGGCUAUCGGGUCUCCCCAUCCGCUGAAAGACCUUACUUUGAUCCCAACGGCAAGUCGAGACGCGAAGCUUUGGCCGAGAAGGAAGCUGCAGAAGCUAAAACAAAGUCUUAA